UAGGAACCUCUUUCUGCAAGGGAGGUAACUAGCUUACAAGCGAGGUCAAAAUGCGACUCAUUCGCCGGAUCGGAAAAGUCAAUUUAGACUGGUCUGGGAAAACCCUGUUUUCUCUAUUAACGAACCUUAAAAAUAAUGGUGUGGGACGUGUGGUUGUCCGACACAGCUUCUUAAACAGAUAUCCUGAGAAAAGCUAUUAUCGAUUGACCGAAGUGCAACCCAACUUUUGCGACAGCCAACGCCGAACAGGAAUCGCCAAGGGUAUCAAAGUUUUCCGCGGCAAAGAAUAUCCCCAUCCUUGCGGAAUCAAUGCCUGUCACAAAGCUGAUUGGCGAUUAAUUCCGAAAGAGGAAGAGGAAGAAUUCUGCAAGUUAACUGCAACAGAUGUACGAGAGACCCGAACUGUGCCACUGACAAUGGAAUUCCCGCCACUUCUUAAAGCCAUGAUUCUUGCAAAGAAAGCCGAGAAUGGAGAACCACUACCAGAAGAUUUGCGUUUAAAGCUGACAGUCAGCAAAGGCCAAUUUUCCGCUGAAGUCAGUCAACAAGACAAACAUCCUUAAAGAAUUUCUGUUAUAGCAUUUUGUAUAUAAAUUUUGAUUGUUUCUUUUGA